AUGUUACCAGAGGAGAAUAACAGUGAUCAUGAAGGUUGGUAUAAUUUAAAUAAAAUAGUCGGCAAUGGCUCCUUCGGUAUAGUACACGAAGCGUUCGUGCUAAAAACGAACGAAAGGGUGGCAAUCAAGAAGGUCCUCCAGGAUCCGAGAUAUAAAAACAGAGAGCUCAGCAUCAUGAAGGAACUGGGACACCCGAACGUAGUGAAGCUCCGCGACUACUACUACACAAUAGAAUCGACAUCACCCGAAAACAACCAGGAUAAACCCGAAGAGGAGGAUCGCAAGUACCUUAACCUGGUCAUGGAGUACAUACCAGAGACGGUGCACAGAGUGACCCGCUGCUACUUCAAGAGCCUCGGGUUCAUGCCAAUUAACCUGAUUCGCAUUUACGCAUUCCAGCUGUGUCGCGCGUUUGGAUAUAUUCACUCACUCAAUAUAUGCCACAGGGACCUCAAGCCUCACAACCUGUUGGUGGAUCCGCUCACAAACGUUCUAAAGCUGUGCGACUUCGGAAGCGCCAAGAAGCUGGUAAAGGGUGACUGGAGCGUAUCGUACAUUUGCAGUCGCUUUUACAGAGCCCCUGAGCUCAUGCUCGGCUCCAACGAGUACACGACUGCCAUCGACUCCUGGUCAAUUGGAUGCGUUCUUUCAGAGCUAAUACUGGGAAGGCCACUGUUCUGCGGGGACACCUCAAUAGAUCAACUAGUGAAGAUUAUUCAGAUUCUCGUCGCAAGUACUAGUCGUAUUAGUAAUAGUUGUAUCCUCGCGACUAUUCGCAGUAGUAAUCGUAACAGUAGUGUAAUGAGAUUUGCAGGCACUCCUACCCUGGCUGAAAUGAAAGCCAUGAACCCCGAAUACAACAACAUCAACUUCCCAAACCUGCGCGGAGUGGAACUGUCAACUGUGUUUCCGAAGAACACUGACCCGCGUUUCGUGGACAUCGUGUCGCAGUUCCUUCAGUACGACCCGAGAUUAAGGUUGAAGCCACUGGACGCUUUGACGCAUCCGUUUUUCACAGACCUCUUCGACGACACUGACUAUACCAUAACUAACAUUACCUAUCAUAACAAUACCAUUACUAACGACAACAUCAAUAAAUAUGGCUUAGGCAACUCUAAUAACGGUACUGGCAACUCGAGGGACGACAACAUCGUUGACCUGAUAAACGUCAACCUGGUGCCGGAAAACCUGGUCGAUUUCACGUACGAGGAGGUCAACUUCAUGUCGGCGCAGACGAAACAGUAUUUUAAUAUCAUCUAG